AUGGCGGAGCUCCCUCGUGAAAUUAUGGACAACAUCUUUUCAAGAUUGCCUGUAAAGUUACUUUUGCGAUUUAGGUGUGUCUCUAAGCUUUGGUGCAAUAUCAUUGACGACCCAUGUCUUGCAAACAUGCAUAGAACACAAGCUGGUGAUGAAGAACCACUAGUCCUACUUCUAUUAGGCUUUCAUGACAGAAUUGAAAUGUCGAGUUUGUAUGAAUUGGAAGAUAAUCGUGGGGUUUUGAGGCCCAUCACAAGCAACAAGCAGCCAUUGCUGAAUUUAGAGUCCAAGGAAACCGAAAAUGGAAUAGAACAAUACUAUCUACAGAGUUUUUGUAAGGGCUUGCUCUGCAUUUCAAGCCUUUCUAAAGUGAUUCUCUCUAAUCCCCUAAGAAAAGAAAGUCUUAUUCUGCCACCAGUGACAUUGGAAUAUAAGUCUAUGCCGAAUUUUGAAAGCUAUGGAUUGGGUUUUGAUACUUCAACUAAUAUGUACAAGGCUGUUCAUGUGUUCUACAAAGAAAUAGAUUUCGACACCAUGAGGUACAAAUUAGGAACUCGAGUAUACAGUUUGGGUUCAACAUCAUGGAGAGAGAUUUCUAGCAUUCCUUCUUAUCCUAUAUGGAAACCUAUUUAUGUUAAUGAAGCCAUACAUUGGAUUACUGACACUAGAUUUGAAAUUGACAAUUUGAAGGGCAAGAUAGUUUCUUUUGACAUUGGCAAGGAAGAGUUUCAAUUGACUCCUCAUCCAGCUGACAUUCAUAUUGGCUCUUUUCAUCCAUGCUACUUAAUUAAUCUUAGAGGAGAUUUGGCAAUUGUUGAAUCUCAGUCAUGUUCAGCCAGUGUUGUGAUAUGGGUAUUGAAGAAUUGGAACACCAAACAAUGGGUGAAAGAAUUUUCACUAUAUAUUGCAGCCCCCUCUAUGUACCUCGGUAAUAGCUACAUAUCUUCUGCAUGUCCCUCCGAAAGUGGUCUAAUUUUUAAGGAUGGAGGUACUAGUACUGUUGCCCAUUAUAAUUUGGGGAGUGAUGAGGUGGAGUGGUAUAAAAUUUGUAAACUUACAGGCUCUAAACGAAUGGAUCUUCUACAAGUCUUUAGCUUCAAGGGAAGCUUGAUUUCACUCAAGAGUUAUGGCAAAUUGAUGUGA